AUGUCCACAGUGUCCGCUUCCCUCGUUGCGGGCGACGGGCAGCGUAAGCGCCCACGUAUAGAUCUCACCACAGAGGAGGAUAUCGACGACGGUAGGGUUCCGUCUCUUGUUUUGCCAGUCCUCCCCCGCUUCCCCGGUCUCGACCGUGCUGCCAUUAUAGCCGUUUUUGAACACACCUUCCGCCCAAAGAAGGACCUCAUAAAACUUCGCAGCCCCGAAUUCAAAGCCUCGGCACCGGAUGGCGAGUCCUUCGACUUGAAGUCCACAUCGUCUGGCCUGCAAUUCCGCAAGGUGGUUUCAAUCAAGGACUGGGGCAAUGACGCAUCCCUGUGGGCCCACUGCUUUAGCAAUUAUAUCGCCAUCUGGUGUGAUUUCUUCGCUGCCAAGCACUCACUAUGCAUCAGUGGAAUGGUCCUUUUCCACCGCCGUAUUUGUGACCUUGCCAGGGCAUAUAAGUGGCAGGAGUGUAUUCUGCAAAUGGCCUUAGACCACCAUCAGAUGGUCGUCGAUAAAGGCGACCUUGCCGUUUCUCUUGGCGACUGGGAAAUUGGGAAAGCUCUCGAAAGCUCCUACCUACGCCCGGAUAACGUGCUCCCAGCAAAGACAGCGCCGACUACCCCAACCACACGGUCAACGCGCUCAACCGCCGCCUCAAACAACGAUUCUGUCAUCUGUGAAAAGUUCAACUCUUUUGCUGGCUGUCACUGGCGAACAUGUCACCGUAGGCACUUUGAGAUCUUUGACUCUUCUCUCCCGCCCCUGCGUGAUUCUGCUUCCCCUUUUAUCAGUUCAGUGUGGGAAACUCUCCUUGAACGAUAUCCUGGCGAUCUAGGGACUAUUUGCAGCGGUAUUCUCACAUUCGGCUGCCGCCUUGGUUGUACGGGCCAGCCGACAGACCGCCGAACAUCUAAUCACCAUAUUGAGGAACCCUCUAUUAUCACCCAAAAGCUCUCCGAUGACCUGUCAAAUCGUCGAGUGCAAGUUUGCACUGGUCCCGCUGUUGUGUCUCCACUAGGGCUCGUACCUAAACAAGACGGAAGCUGGCGCCGUAUCCAUGACCUUUCCUACCCGCCAGGGUGCAGUGUCAACGAGUCUAUCCCGGCUAUCGCCUCUGCCAUACAAUACAUCUCCAUAGAUCACAUUUUCGAACUCACCCGCACCUCUGGACGAGGAUGCUUUAUCAUCAAACGCGACAUCAAAGAUGCUUUCCGCAAUAUCCCCGUCGCACCGGCCGACCGGCCUCUCCUAGCCUUUUCGUGGGAUAGCAAGACAUACAUGGAGUGUUGCCUUCCAUUUGGUCUUGCAACUGCACCCUUCAUCUUUAAUCUCUUUGCUGAGGGUCUCAACUGGCUUCUGACUGCCUACUUACCUGGGGCCUCUAUCGUCCAUUACCUUGACGAUUUUAUCACUGUUUUUCCUCCUUCUGUAGGAGAUGUUUCUCAGGCUAUCGCCGAGUUCAAUACCGUAUACAUUCCUCUUACAGAUGCACUAGGCAUCCCAAGGAAUAACACCAAAGACGCCGCGGGUACCGUGGUCAAUGUGCUUGGGAUCGAAAUCGACACAACACUUCUACAGGCCCGCAUGCCUCGCGAUAAGCUAACACGCGCAUCUUCUGAGGCCGCGUCGCUAUUACAGCAAAAUCGUGUUUCGCAUAAAGCCUUGCAACGUGUGAUCGGUUUCCUCCAACACUGCUCAAUGGUCAUUCGUCUUGGCAGACCCCGCCUCCAGUCGCUCUACAGCGACCUCGCAUCUUUCCCACCUCACCAGCGCUCUCUCCGCCGCCUAUCCCAUGAUAGCCGCGAGGACCUCGCGUGGUGGACGGACACAAUCCCGUUUUUCAACGGAAUCCAUUUCUUUAAGAAGAGCCGCCCCCUAGUUGCCCUCUACACAGACGCGUGUGACUCCGGUCUGGGCCUCUUCUUCUUUUUUGCGCCCUCACGGGACUCCGCCGGAGACUGGUUGUCUGCAGCACCUUACCUGCCUUCCACUCACGCCGCUAUUGUGGACGCCUCCUCCGUCUGCGCUAGCGAGGCCCACAUCAACACCAAGGAGGUUACCGCAAUUCUGCAGGCCUUCCUUCUACACAGCCUCCAUUGGGCUCAUCAUCGUGUCCUCGCUUUUACGGACAGUGCCGUCGCGUUCCAUGGCCUGUCUAAGCAGGCACUCCGCGGGCCGGCCCAUCGCCAACUGCUCAUGCUUUUCAGUAUAGCAGCCGCCCUUGACAUAGAAAUCCAGCCACACUGGCUACCUUCAUCAGAAAACCUACUAGCUGACGCAUUAUCCCGUUCCGACUAUGGUUCCAUCGCUGACAUUUGCCCACAGUGGACGAGCUCCUUUCCCUUGCUCCGCCAGCCUGGUUCUCCAGCCAGCCUAUUUUCGUGA